UGCAACUAUUUAAGCAAUUCUACUUCUAAGGAGCCAAUGUGCACUUUAAGCUUUCAAAUGUAUUAGCAUAAGAGGAAGAAACUAGAGAGACACAAUAUGAAGAGAUUCAAUAUUUUUAAUUCAUUAACUUUGGUUCUCACAUUUCUUGCAUUUGUGCUGAAAAUUUCGAGCCAAAUCCAGCCACCGGAAAUUCAUCUACCACCACCAUCUCUUCGCCCGCUUUGUGCACCUCAACUAGCACUGGUAAGCUACGCAUGUGGAAUGAUACCUUUCACUCCACGAACACCGCCUUCUGCAAUCCUAUCUUCACCCUCUCCUCCACCCCCUAACAACAACGAGGGACACCAGAGUCACCACCACGGGCACGACCACAAACAUAGACACGAAAAUACCAAAGAAGAAGAUAAUUGUUGCAGGUGGGCUAAAGAAAUGGACAACCGAUGUGUGUGUGAGAUUUUACUUAGGUUGCCUCCUUUCCUCACAAGACCUUUGCAUCAAUACACAGUCGUCAUUGGAGAAUCUUGUAAUGUCACUUACUCGUGUGGUGGACCAAUAUGAUGGGCAAAAUUACAAAGGGUGAUGCUACCUAAGUGGAAAAGAAUCUGAUGUUGUGUUUGGUAUUAUGGGUUGAAGUUAUGGUUAUCUUUUAUGAUUCCUAGCCUUGUUAUUUAGCUAGCUGUUGUUCAAUGUUUGACUUGAUUUUCAAUUGUUGUUUUGUUUGGUCAGAGGUUGGAAAAACAAAGUGAGCUGUAGCACUCACACACAUAAAAAAAAAAUUGAUAGUUGUAUGUUUAAGUUGUAGCAUGGUGGAAGUAUAUUUAUUUAUUUA